CAUAGAGAUCUUUUUUGAAAUAGUUAUUGAUUCUUCCUUCGUUUAUAAGACAUUUUCGUCUUUGCAUCAGCAUUCACUUACCAUUAAUAUCCAAAAAGACCAAGUAAAUCCCCCAUUGAAUACCCGAUUGAAAACUAAGUACUUGGUAAAGAAAAAAUUGAUUUGAAUAAAGUCCAGGAUGUCAGCUACUGAUUAUACUGCUGCUCAUGGGUUUUCUCAGUUGUUAAGAUAUCAAAACAACUAUCCAGCGCUAGGAACUGGAGUUUUGCUUUUGGUAGAACAAUCCCAUAAUCUUUUGGGACCAGUUGUUCCAGAUGCAUUAUUACAAUAUCAAUCAGCAUAUCAAAUUAAUCUUUUUGGAGAUUAUCCGGACUCGCAAGAUGAUGUACCGUCAGCAAUCUUUGCUGCUAUAUUUGCAAUUUUAAUGUUUCUACAUUUAUUAAUAUUCAUGAUUAAUAUAUCAAGAAAACAUCGAUUUUGGCUUUCAUUAGGAUGGGUUUUCUAUUGUCUUAUGAGAGUUAUUGGUUUUAUCCUUCGUAUCAUAUGGGGCAAAGAUUUGUCAAAAACAAAAAUUGGUAUAACUGAUGAAGUUUUCCUUAUUUUACCAUCGAUUUUAUUAACUUCAUUAAAUUUAAUUUUAGCACAACGUAUUUUCACUUGGAGACAUCCAGUUGGUGGUUCUCGUAGAUUGUUUUGGAAUUUCAUGAUUACUUUAUACGUUGUGGUAUUGGGAGUUAUUGCAUUAACUAUUGCGUGUGCAGCUUCUCCAUAUGUUCAUUUUUUAUCACAAAAAAAUUACCUUCGUUAUCAAAAAGCAGUUCAAGCUUCAGCAGUUUUAAUUGUAUUAUAUUCAUUAACUGCUAUUUCCUUAUUGGCUUUAGCUUAUUUUUUCAAACCAACUAGAAAAGAUGAAAAUUUAUAUACUUAUCAACCUUGGUGGAUUGAAAGUUUCAAAACUUUUUAUUUUGUUAAGAAAAAUGCAGUUAGAGAAGCUGAAGAAACUUUUAUGAAACGUAAUCAUAAUCAUCGUCAUGCCAUUAGAGUGAUUGCUGCCACUCAUCAUCAUUAUAAUACCGUGGAAGGUCUUACCAAUGAAAGAGGUGAUUUAACUCAUAAUACUUCCUUGUGGAUCAUUUGUAUUACUACCUUAUUGAUUUUUGUCGGUUCUAUUUGUCGUUGUAUCACUGUUUUCCAAGGCAGAUAUCAAAAGAAUAGUUCUAAAUUAUGUGCACCAGUUGCCAUGUAUAUUUGUUGGGGUUUGUUCGAAACCGUAAUUAACUUACUUUAUAUAAUUGGUAGAGUUGAUUUAAGAUUUUAUAGACCUGAUAGACUACCUAAGAAAGUUAGGUCAAUCAUCACUGCUGAACAAUCUUUGGAACACUCUGAUGAAGAAUAUGAAUACUAUACUACUGAAACUGAAACUGAAGGAGAAUAUGAUCUGGAAGAUGAUGAUUUUGGAUUCUACCAACCAAGAAAUACUUAUAACAACAGGGACUCAGAACCUAGGAGAGAUCCAAAUAGAGAUAAAUUCAUACUGGAAGCCAAAGAAGAAGAUGAAUCUGAUUCUGAAGAGUUCCAUUUUUAAUCCUAUAUCAAUCAUUCGAAUGAAAA